AUGUCGUCGUCCCCACUCUCAAACUACAGUCUCGGUGAUCUACUGGGUCGAGGGGCGAGUGCAAAUGUCUACCGCGCACUCAACUUCCAAACGGGUGAGACGGUCGCGAUCAAGCAGAUCUCGGUCGCGUCCCUGCCCGCCAGCAGUGUGCCGGACAUUAUGAGCGAGAUUGACCUGCUCAAGAACCUCAACCACCCCAACAUUGUCAAGUACAAGGGGUUUGCGCGCGACAAGGAGAAUCUCUUCAUCGUCCUCGAGUACUGCGAGAACGGGUCGCUGCAGAACAUUCUCAAGCGCUAUGGCAAGUUCCCCGAGUCGCUUGUCGCAGUCUACAUGCGUCAGGUGCUCGAAGGACUGCUGUACCUGCACGACCAGGGUGUGAUCCACCGCGACAUCAAGGGUGCCAACAUCCUCACCAAUAAGGACGGUUGCGUCAAGCUCGCCGACUUUGGCGUGAGCAGUCGCGCGCCAAAGCCCGACCUCGCGGCCGCGGCCGCGCAUCCAGACGCGGACAUCGAGGUCGUCGGUAGCCCGUACUGGAUGGCGCCCGAAGUCAUCGAACAGUCCGGCGCAACGGCGGUGUCUGACGUAUGGAGCGUCGGAUGUGUCGUCGUCGAGCUGCUCGAGGGCAAGCCGCCGUUCGGUAACCUUACGCCCAUGCAGGCGCUAUUUCGGAUCGUGCAAGACCCAUCCAUGAGGAUACCGGAGGGCGCUAGUCCGAUCGUCAAGGACUUUCUAUAUCAAUGCUUCCAGAAAGACCCCAACCUGCGUGUCUCAGCUCGUAAGCUCCUACGUCACCCGUGGAUGCAGACGGCCAAGAAGGGAAGCGACGAGCCGGCUGCGGCUGUGGAGGCCAUUCAGAAGGUGCAGGCGUGGAACGAGGCGCUGAAUGCCGUCCCGAAGAACUCGGGGACCAUCCGACGGCUGCCAGUGUUGAAGAAGGCCAAGGAAGAGGUCAAGGGCGACCGCAGCGACGCAACGAUUGCGCCCGCCAAGCCCAAGGGGGGACAAGGCACGGCCGGGUUGCUGCAGAAGAACCAGCACGUUAGCGACGCCCUCAGCCGCGCGCGCGAGAGCGACGAGACGGAGAAGUGGGACGACGAUUUUGCUCUCGACAUAUCCCUACCCAAGUUAACACAUAAGGCGAGUCCCGUACCGCCAGAAGAAGUCGACACGAACCAUGCGACGGUGCGUCCCUCGCGCGAUGCAUUGGCGGCGAGCAAGAAAGCAAGCAAGGGUCGGCCGCAGUCCAUCGAGGAAGACUACUCGGAUCUUGGAUUAGAGGGCGACGAGCUCAAGAUCAAGGCGUCGAUCAUGAGGUCGCAACAUAGGGGCAGGAAACCGAUCUUGCAUCCCAACGACCUCUAUAAGAUCGGUACGAUCAAGCCAUACUCGUCCAAGCCCGCUACGCCACCAUCCCUUCCAUCUCUUCCCCAAGCUGCAUCCGUGCCACCAUCCAAGCCGCCCCCCGCAGCGCCUGCCUCUGCACCACAACCACCACAACCACCACCACCACCAAGAGUGCCCUCCCCUGCCUCGUCUCCAACGGUAUCCGUGACCAACAGCCCGACGCUUCCAACCAAGACGCCACCAGGGUCACGGCAAAGCUCGCUGCGCGGCCGCAAUGCGUCGAACAACCACCUCGAGCUCCUCAAGUACACUGAGGCUGACGAUGAGGACUACUCAGACAUGUUCGGCGGACCGGCUGCGAACGAGGACGGGACGAACACGAUGGGAUCUUUGCAACUCACAAGGCGGUCCAACAGGUCAUGGGUGGACGAGGACGAGGAAGGGGUUGAUCCGUUCGCCGAACUCGAAGACGACUUCGCCACGGACAGCUACGAAGAAAACCUCCGCCGCGACCGGCGAGCUGCCAAGCAGGCGAGCGUCGAGCGCCUCAUCGUGCGCCUCGAAACCAGCAUCCCGGCCGCGCAACUGAAGGAGGUUUCGGAGGAGCUGUUGUCAACCCUCGAGAACGCACCACCAGAUAUGCAGCUCGAGCGCCACUUCGUGCAGAAUCGUGGCAUGCUUGCACUAUUGGACGUGCUCGAGACCCAUCUCAAUCGGCGUGACCACGUCCGCGAGCUUCCCAUGUCGUUACUCAAGAUUGUCAACUUUAUCGUAGCUGUCGACGUCGAUAAUCUCGAAUCAUUCUGUCUCGUUGGUGGUAUCCCCGUCAUGAUCCCGUAUACUAGUAAGAGGUAUCACCUUAAUAUCCGCCUCGAAGCAUCCACAUUCAUUCAAAAUCUCACUCGCAGCGCGUUAACGCUGCAAAUGUUCAUCUCAUGUCGCGGGUUAAAGGUGCUCGUCGACCUCCUGGACGAGGACUACUCCGUCAACGAGGCACUGAUCCUCUCCGCGCUAGAGGGUAUCGGAAGUGUGUUCGAUCUGCAAUCGCCCACCCCCAAACCCGACUUCUGUCGCAUGUUCACACGAGAAGGCAUUAUGGAUCCACUAUCGACAGCGCUCCUAGCCUUAAUCAAGGACAAGGACGCGGACGAGGACGUGACAAAGCGGUGCCUCGACGUGCUUCUCCUCUUCUCACAGGUUGCGCAGGCAGACUCGCAUGUCCGCCAGUCUUUCGCCGAACGGACGAUCAUGAUGCGGCUUCUCCGCGCGCUCGACCUGCUCCCCCGCAAACUGCUUGUCACGGAGAUCAAGGCCGUCAAGCACCUUGCGACACAUCCCCAGCUUGUCGAGGUGCUGCAGAACUCGAACGCCGUCGAGAUUCUCGUCGACCUACUUGGCAAGACGCUCAAGGGCUCGUACAGCAACGAGAUCUGCUCGCACAUUUUUCAGACCAUCUUUUCCAUGUGCCGCUUGUCCAAGUCGCGGCAGGAAGAGGCCGCGGCCGCUGGCAUCAUUCCCCUCCUUAAGCGCGUCAUUAUGUCCAAGUCGCAGCUCAAGCAGUUCGCGCUGCCCGUGCUCUGUGACCUAGCGAACGCUGGCAAGCAGUCCCGCCGACUCCUGUGGCAGAACGAGGGGCUGAACAUGUAUCUUGACCUCCUGGACGAUCCCUACUGGCGUGUGAGCGCGCUCGAGGCGCUCACAGCGUGGAUGCAGGACGAACCUGCGCGCGUUGAAGGAGAGCUGCUCAGUAAAGAGUCUGUCGACUGCUUGACCAAGUGCUUCGUGCAGUCAUCGUCGCAGUCGUACGAGCGCAUCCUAGAGCCGUUCCUCAAAAUCAUGCGUCUUUCACCGCCACUGACGAACGCGUUCGUCUCCCCUACCUUCCUGACGCGCCUCGCUGAGACACUCGAGCGCCAGACCAAGGCCGGCAUCACGCUCAACCUGCUGCGCAUUACACGGUUAGCCUUGGAGUCGCAUCCGCAGCGCCUAGCGCUCGUGCCGCGCUACCGGUUUGACCGAAUCAUCAAGCGCCUUGCACUACAGAACGACCCCGUUCUUGUCCGCGAGCUCGCGCAGCAGGUUUAUCCCGUUCUCGUAGGAGGCACGUUACCUGCGCCGUCAUCCAGCGCGAUGGGCGAGGGGAAACGCAAAAUCACAGCUGUGCGCCGCAAGAGCACAGACAUGUCCCCUCCGCUCGGGUACCAUGGCUUCUCCAACUCGGGGCAGGGCAUACCGCCCCGCCGCGUUGGGGCGCACGCGCGCACAGCCAGCGACGAGAUUCGGCGCUCGGUCCUCGGCCCGCCUAUCGAGAACGGAGAGGAACGCGCUUCGUCUGACGGGAGGCGGCCCAAGAGCGGGAUACCACGCAACGUCAAGGAGAUCUGGGACGCGGGCGAGAACGGCCGGAGUCGCCUCCGACCGCCUGCCACACCUCGUCUGCGCGCGCUCUCCGCAAUGUCCACCAAGAUCCGCCGCCCAGUCGCCAUGUCGACGCCCAAGAGGCAGGUGCCAAAGACGCCCAGCCGACGCGACGCCGCGAGCCGGCAAGCCGUGCUGGACAACUACGAUCUCGAAGUCUCCCAUCGCACUGCUACCAAGCGUGCGGAGCUUGAUAGCAUGCUCUCGACCUACCUCUCCCUCGCUGAGGCCGAGAUCCUCCGCAUCCCGCGCGACUUGCGCACAAUGACUCUCGGCGAGCUAGAAGAAUGCUGGGCGGGUAACUUUGCCGACACGUCGCGGCGUCUGGCGGAGAAGCGCUUCGAGCGCACCGCGCCGUCGACGGACGAGGAUGCGGUGUUGGCGGCGGCUAAGAGGAAACGUGACGCACAGUCACCAUUACCUCUCGAGAAGACGAGCAAGAGUGCGCGCACCAAGAAGCCGGCACCCGCACCCAAGCGGCGCACAAAGAAGGCCGCCAAGACACCUCUGCCAGCGGCGACUGGCGUGUCUACCCUUCCGCAGGACCACGAGUUCAAUCCUCAGCUUCCCAAGACGCCCGCGCGUGCACCUCGGCGUAACGAGUCGUUCUUCAGCCUGAACGGUUCUCCUGUCAACCCGGAGCUGGAGAGCGAGAGCGAGCACGAAGACGAGCUGCCGGACCCCGCAGCGAUGGAGGCCGCGGCCGAGCGUGCGUCGCAGACGAGCCGCACAACGAGCGCGCGCUCCAAGGCGGAGUCGAAGCGUGCACCCUCCAUGAUCUUCCGCCAGAGCCUGGCGCCGACGCUCGUUGACGAGUCGCCCGAUCCUGGUCGCGUCGGCAUACCUCUCAGCGACGGGCGGACUCUGAUGUUCGAUCCCCUCGCUCUGUCUCCGGGAAGAAUCGAUGACGAGCUGGAGAGCGGCGGGCUGGGCAGCAAGGAGAAGGCCGGUGUCAAGAAGCUAGUGCAGGAAGAGGUGUUUCGGUCGCUCACGGAGCGUAUGGAGCGCUGGAAGGCUUUGUAG